AUGGCGGACUCCAGAAUUGGGGUCUAUCGCGAGAUUGCGGAGAAGUUUACUGUUGCGCAGCUUGAUCUUGCUGAGACGACGGCGGAGGAGGUGCCGGCUCAGAUUGACAGGGUUCUGUCCCAGGCGCUACAUCAUAGCCGGCCGGUCUACAUAGAGAUGCCCUCAGAUGUUGUAGAGACGGAAAUAUUGUCAGACAAGCUGGAUGAUCCGAUAGAUCCGAACCCCAACACGGUUCGAAACCUUGACGCUGGCAAAAUGGCACAGAGUCUCCUGCAGAAGCUCUAUUCAGCGAAGCGACCUCUUAUUCUAGUUGAUCGAGCUGAAGGUGCAGAAACCGUCAGGCAACAAAUCAACGAAUUCGUUCAAAAGUCAGGCAUUCCUACAAUGUCUUUGCCAUCAGGAGCCAGCAUGGUGGACAGUUCGCUGCCCAACUACUUCGGCGUUUACUCAGGCUCUAUCGGAACGGUUGACCUGACGUCAGAAGUCAAGUCAGCGGACCUUAUAUUGGCCUUUGGAUGCCAAUUCUCUGAUACGCAAACCCUGGGUUGGGAGGUGUUACCAGAACGAAACGUCAUGACUCUCAUUGGGAGGAACCAUAUCGAGGAUGAGCCAGUCAACGUCCAACAUGUUCUCAAGAAGAUGUUUCAGGAGCUUGACAAUACCCGGCUGCCACUCCAAGAUACAUCCUCAUGGGGAGACUUUCGAAACCAACCGCAGUUCGAGGUGUAUCCGAAGGCUUAUAUCAUCCAAGAUGAGUUCUAUAUCCACCUGAACAAACACCUACAGCCCAACGACACAGUCAUCCUCGGCAACGCGACACCAAUCAUAGGAGGCCGCGACUUGGUCCUCCCGCCAUCUUCUCAGCUGAUCGCAUCAGGAAUGUGGUUCUCAAUCGGUCACAUGCUCCCGGCCGCUCUUGGAGUCUCGCAAGCAAAGGCAGUCAUGAAGUCAAGAGGUCGCACGAUUCUUCUUGACGGUGAUGGGAGCUUCCAGAUGACGGCUCAAGAACUCAGCACUAUUAUUCACCAGCGUGCUAACGUGAUUAUAUUUAUUAUCAACAACAGCGGCUACACGUAUGAGAGGUAUAUCCAUGGAAUGAAUGAAGCGUAUAACGAUGUGGCGUCGUGGAACUAUAGUGCUGCCCCGCUGUUAUUUGGGGACGCGCCAGCGAAUUAUCCUAUUCAAUCUUGUAAAGUGAGGAAUAUGGAAGAAUUGGAUGAGAUUCUUAACUCUGAGGGUUUCAUCAAGGGCAAGGGUCUGACCCUUGUUGAUGUUGAGAUGGAUAUGUAUGAUAUCUCGGAAAAAGCCAAGGUUUUAUUUGAGUUGGCUGGAAAGCAGCUGUGA